CAAUAAACCUCACGAAGAAGGGUGCCCACCGUAGGCUAGCUGUAACGACGAGUUGCUAACCUUAUUUGUGAGACUUGACAAAACAUAUUAGUUGAACCGUAAGUCCGUAGUUGUAGAGACCAGGUUGUCGCUGCCAGCAGGCCAUGCAGCGCUCUAAAAGGUAAUGAGCCGUAAAGCCCCGGGGUCUCGACUCAGCGGCGCCCACAGACUGCGGCCACACUGGAACGACUGGCAGCCCAGAGUUGACAGUGCAUCAUCCAGCCAGGACGACACAAAGUCCAGAGAGCUCGGUUCAGGCCUGUUGUCAGACGUGUUGCCUUCCAGCUGCCCUGAACAGCCAGCGGUGCCCAGUGAUGCCUACGCUGCCACAGAUGCACAUCAGGAAGAGACUGGUCAAGGUGUCUGUGAUACUACGUUUGGUUGGAAGUCGCUGGGGAAAGAGUUGAGACCCAAUGACGUGACAACGGAUUUGACCCCUUUUCAGCAUGGAAACCGUGCUUUAGCUUCAAAGGACAUGAGGAAAUCGCAGGACAGAGGGAUGGCUCACUCAGAGGAGUCUCGACUGGCCAACCUCCUGCGCCGAGUCUCCAGGGAGGAUGAUCGCGACCGGAGGCUGGCCACCCUCAAACAGCUGAAGGAAUUCAUCAGCCAUGGCGAGAACAAAGUGACUCUUGUCAAACAGCUGGAUACCAUCCUAAGCACCCUGAAUGACAUUUUGAAUGAGAGCAGUAAGCUGCUGUGCGAGCUGCGCCAGGAUGCGGCCGCCUGCCUGGGUCUCCUCUGCACGGUGCUCAGCUACGAGGCCGAGCGCAUUUUCAAGUGGCUCUUUCUCAAGUUCAACUCGAGCGGUCGCGACGAGGUGAAACUGCUUUACCUGGUGGCUGCACAGCGCGCUUUGGAGGCUGCUGGAGAGAGGAAGGCCUUCUCCCACAUCAUGCAGCUGGUGAUGAGCAACUUGCAGUCCAUCCUGGAAAAUGUGGACACACCGGAGCUGCUUUGUCAAAGUGUGAAGUGCAUCCUUCAGGUGGCUCGCUGCUACCCACACGUCUUCAGCACCAACUUCAGGGACACAGUGGACAUCUUGGUGGGCUGGCACAUCGACCACACUCAGAAGCAGACGCUCACUCAGCAGGUCUCAGGCUGGUUGCAGAGUCUGGAGCAGUUCUGGGUGGCAGACCUGACCUUCUCCACCACCCUGCUGGGCCAGUUCUUGGAGGAUAUGGAAGCAUACGCAGAGGAUUUGAGCCAUGUGGUGUCAGGAGAGGCGGUCGAUGAAGACAUUCCCCCUCCCUCGGUGUCACUUCCCAAGCUAGCCGCUCUGCUGAGGGUUUUCAGCACGGUGGUCCGCAGCAUCGGAGAGCGGUUCAGUCCUUUCAGAGGGCCGCCGAUCACUGAAGUCUACGUCAACGAUGUCCUGAACCGGGUCCUGGGCUGUGUGACCGCCGCGAAGCAGGUCCAAUUCUCUGAGGCCGUCCUCACAGCGGGGAACGAGUGCGUGGGGGUGUUGCUGGCGAGCGUGGAGCCCUGUGGUCAGCUGAUGGACGCUGUCCUAGCCUACGGCCUGGACCAGCUGGACUGCUGCCAGGCCUGUGGCUCAGACUACAAUCUAGCAGUGCUCAGUCUCCUCACCCUGAUUGUUGACCAGAUCAACACAAAACUGUCCGUGUCUUUUGUUGAGAAGUUGUUGGCGCCGGACUCGCAACUGCUCAAGCUUCGCUUCCAUCAAGAGAAAGAGGUGAUGUCAGCUGUGCACGCCGUGUAUCAGGCGCUGCUAAGCCUGAAAAACAUUCCAACACUAGAAGCAGCUUAUAAAAUGGUGCUGGGUGAGAUGGCAUGCGCCCUGUCCAGCCUGACGGAAACCCUGGAUCCCUGCGGGAAGGCCCCGGCGCCGGGCAGUCCCAGCCCCAAUAUCCAGCACCCUGCUUUCGCCUCCCUCACCCUGCCGCUGGAAAAGGCCCAGUUCAUUGUCAUCUUCAACCUCAGCACCCUCACUACCAUCGGCAACACCAAGAACUCCCUCAUUGGGAUGUGGGCCCUGUCCCCCACGGUCUUCGCCCUCCUGAGUCACAACCUGAUGCUGGUCCACUCUGAGUUGGCCGUCUACUACCCUGCCAUCCAGUACGCUGUGCUCUACACCCUGUACUCCCACUGCACCAGACAUGAUCAUUUCAUCUCGUCCAGCUUGUCGUCUUCGUCUCCGUCUCUGUUCGACGGUGCCGUCAUCAGCACCGUUACCACGGCGACGAAGAAACAUUUCAGCACGCUGCUUAGCCUCCUGGGAGAUCUGCUGUCAAAGGAGCACCUUUACCCAGAGACCAGGAAGCUGCUGCUGACCUGGGCUCAGGAAAUCUCUUUGCUGAUGAAGAAGUCGGACACCUACAGCCCCCUCUUCUCUCUACCCUCCUUCAACAAGUUCUGCAGGGGUCUACUGGCUAAUGCUGUGAAUGAAGACCAGAAUAUCUGCCUUCAGACCUGCCACAGCUUACAGGUCCUGUCUUCAUCACUGUCCACUGAACUUCUGCAGAGGUGUGUGGAUGUGUGCAGAGUGCACCUGGUCCACUCAGCGGUGAGAGUUAGGCAAGCUUACGCCAAACUGCUCAGGACAAUCCCCCUCGAUGUGGCUUUGAGUAACCACAGCCACCCUGAGAUGAGGGAGAUCUCUCUGGCUGUCCGCCACCACAUGAGCCGUGCACCAAACAGCACCUUCCAUCCUCAGGACUUCAGCGACCUCAUCAGCUUCAUCCUCUAUGGAGUCCUGCACCGUGGAGGCAAGGAUCCCUGGCUGGAGCGUCUGUACUACAGCUGCCAGCGGUUUGAGAAACGAGACAGUCGAGGAAACGUUGACGGCGGCCGGCCGGAUGUGGUGCCACGGGCCCUUCUGAAAACCGAGGUGGUGCUGUGGCAUUGGGCAGUUUGGGAGGCGGCACAGUUCACCGUACUGUCCAAACUCCGCACACCGCUGGGUCGGGCUCAGGACACCUUCCAAACCAUUGAAGGUAUGAUCCGAAGCCUGGCUGCGCACAGUCUGAACCCAGAGCAGGAUGUUGGAGCCUGGGCCGGUACUGGGAGCGACGGAGAUGGUCACCACUCCAAUCAGCUUCGCCUCGCGCUGCUGCUCCAGUACCUGGAGAACCUGGAGAAGCUCAUGUACAACGCCUACGAGGGCUGCGCCAAUGCUCUCACUGCCCCGCCCAAGGGCAUCAGGACGUUCUUUUACACAAACCGUCAGACAUGCCAGGAUUGGCUGACAAGGAUUCGCUUGGCAUUGAUGAGGGUUGGCCUUCUGUCUGGUCAACCAGCAGUAACUAUUCGCCAUGGCUUCGACCUGCUCACAGAGAUCAAGAACAGCGGCACCCAGGGUCCGGAGCUGGAGGUUCCUCUGGCGUUGCUCGUGGAGGCUCUGUGGGAGCUGCGCUGUCCCGAGGCCAUCCGGGGCCUGGCGGCUUGGAGCCUCUCCACCACUGGCAAGAGUCUGGGCUGGUUGUCGUCAGUUGCCCUGCAGGCUGAGGGCCGGUUUGAGAAAGCAGCUCUGGAGUAUCAAGAUCAGCUGUCUGCAGUUACAGGAAUGGACUGCAGCAUCAAAAGCGCUGAAUGUUGUCUGCUCAAACUCUCCAGCAACACGAACAGCCCCAAACACACUAAUAACGGUGACAACAGGAAGACGGUGCUACUGAAAUCCAGCGAGUGCUCCCCCGAGGUGAUCAACUUCCUGGCCAACAAAGCUUGUCAGUGUUACGUGGCCCUCUGCGACUGGGCCUCCGUGAAGGAGUGGCAGGCCACCGUCAACGCCCUCAAGCAGAACUCCACCAAUCCAGUGAGCAUCAACCUGAGGACAGAUUUCAACUACAUCCAGGCUCUGAGCCGCUUUGAGGAGGGGGAUCUGGUCGAGUGUGGAGCUCAGUUGGAGCUGCUGCCGGGAGAGGACUACAGCUCUCUGUCCAGCAGCAAGGACAAGCUUGAUUUGAAGAGGCUUCUGCCCUCCAUGAGUCCAGAUCCAACUGAGCUGCAGAGAGCCAUUGAGGUGCAACUCCUUCGCAGCUCUGUCAGUGCUAUGGCGAAAGCGAAUCAGCAGCAAGAGCACGGGACCACAUCUAAUCCAGAUGCAUUGGUGCGUUGGUUGAAACAAACUGGACGCAUCUGCCUGGGUCCCCUCCGCCUGUCCACGCUCACUCUUUCUGACUCCCUGCCCACCCUACCCACCCUGCAGCUCCACUGCACUGCCACCCUGGAGAACACUCUCACCGGACAAGAGGACUGUGUGAUUCCUCUGUGCAGUGAGGCUCUGAGCUCUUGUAAGCAACAGGACGUCCAGCUUUUCCUUCAAGCUCUCAGAUACACCAUGUUCCAGAGACAACUCCUCCAGAAACUCAAAGGUUACUCUCCCUCCAUAGACGGCCACUUAACGGAGCUCUGUCUGACCGCGGUCAAGUUUGCGCGGAAAAAAGGAAACAUCACCCUGGCGUCCCGACUGCUGAGCCAGUGCAGUGACGGGACACAAGAAGAGAAGCCGCAAGAUGAGCUGAGCCAGGCCUUUAGACGUCUCAGUCUGGAGGGCACUCUGGGGGAGAAAUGGGGACCGGAGGUCCAGAUAGAGAAAGCCAAAGUCCUGAGAAGUGCAGGUCAAGCCUUGACAGCCAUGGAGAUGCUGAGCAAGGCUGCUCUGUCUUACUGCCACGUGGGGAAGAACGAAGGUGCCGCCUGCCGCUCACUGCUGACACUUUGCAAAUGGCUGUUGGCCGACUGGAAGGACAUGACACCUCAACUCAAACAGGUGGUAAAGAAAUCAGGAGCAGUCAACUCAACAAGCGCUUUGGGCAGUAUGUCACCUCUGAGCCGAAAUAUUGCUGCUCUGCUGGAGCUUCCUCUGGAGGAUCAGGGCAUCCCUCACAUCACUGCUGAGACGUCAGUGAGUGUUGGAGUUGGGGAGCCAGACUUUGUGUUGGGACAGCUCUAUCAGCUCUCCACCAGCCUGGCUCCAGAGGUGGCAAAGUCCUGGGCUGCCCUCGCCAGCUGGGCUUAUCGCUGGGGCAGGAAGGUGGUGGAUAACGCAAGUCAAGGGGAAGGAUUGCCUCUUCUCCCUGGAGAAAAGAAGGACAUAGAGGAGCUGCUGCCAGCGACCACCAGCGAAGAAGACAAGGAAACCAUCUUCAGCAUCCUUGGACAAGCCAUGUGUCGCCCCACUGGCAUACAGGAUGAGGACAUGGCUCUACAGCAGGAAGACGAUGAGGACGACAUGGUGGACGUGAUCUGGAGGCAGCUCACCACCUCGUGCCCCUGGCUGGGGGAGGCGGGCCAGGUCGUCACCGAUGGUCUAAUCCGGGUUUGGAGACGGGUGGUGGACCGCAUCUUCGGUCUUUACCGCGUCUCCUGCCAAGCCUAUUUCACCUUCCUCAAGCUCAAUGCAGGACAGGUCCCUAUAGAUGAAGAUGACCCUAAACUCCUGCUGUCCUAUCACUGCAGCAAACAGAGCAACGAUGAUGUAAUCGUCAUGGCAACCCUGCGUCUCCUCCGUCUGCUGGUGAAGCAUGCUGGUGAACUGAGAGAGGGGCUUGAACUAGGUUUAGCCUCGACCCCCACAGCACCCUGGAGGGGUAUCAUCCCCCAGCUCUUUUCCCGUCUCAACCACCCGGAGGCGUACAUUCGGCAGAGCAUAUGCAGCCUGCUGUGUCGAGUAGCUCAGGACUCCCCCCAUCUCAUCCUCUACCCCGCCAUUGUAGGCUCCCUUUCCCUGGGAGGAGAAGCUCAGAAUUCAGGGAGCAAAUUGCCAUCAGCCCUGCCCACGUUCUUGGGUAGCAUGCAGGCUGAGGACCUGGGUGGGGAGGAGGAGCAGCAGCUGGAGGACGGUGGACAGGGAGGACUUCCAGAAGAACUGGUGACCUGCUCCAGUCAAGACCAAGCCAUGAUGCAGGACUGUUAUAGCAAUAUUGUGGAGAAGCUUUCUGUAGCCAACCCCACCAUGGUGCUUCAGGUCCAGCAGCUGGUGGGUGAGCUGCGCAGGGUGACCUUGCUGUGGGAUGAACUCUGGCUGGGUGUGUUACAACAGCAACACAUGCUUGUCCUGCGCAGGAUCCAACAGCUGGAGGACGAGGUCAAGAGGGUCCAGAACAACAAUACACUGCGCAGGGAUGAAAAAAUCGCCAUAAUGCGCGAGAAGCACUCGGCUCUGAUGCGUCCAGUGGUGUUUGCAUUGGAUCACGUCUGCAGCAUCACAGCAGCUCCAGCAGAGACGCCACAUGAGACCUGGUUCCAGCAGACCUAUGGUGAUAACAUCACCGCUGCUCUGGAGCGCCUCAGAAACCCUGUCAACCCCGCCAACCCGGCCAAUAGCUGGCUUCCCUUCAAACAGAUAAUGAUGAGCCUGCAGCAGCGUGCUCAGAAGCGAGCCAGCUACCUGCUUCACCUGGAUGAAAUCAGUCCGCGCCUGGCGUCCAUGACAACAACAGAGAUGGCUCUGCCGGGCGAGGCCUCGGCAUCGGACGCCGUCACCAUACAGAGCGUCGGCAAAACCAUCACCAUCCUUCCCACCAAGACCAAGCCCAAGAAGCUGUUCUUCCUGGGAUCGGAUGGACACAAGUACCCGUACCUUUUUAAAGGCCUGGAGGAUUUGCAUCUGGACGAGCGCAUCAUGCAGUUCCUCUCGAUCGUCAACACGAUGUUCACCAAGAUCAACCAGCAGGAGCAGCCGCACUUCCACGCCCGCCACUACUCCGUCACCCCCCUCGGAACCCGCUCGGGACUGAUUCAGUGGGUUGAUGGUGCAACGCCGCUCUUUGGCCUAUACAAACGCUGGCAGCAGAGGGAGGCUGUGCAGCAGGCUCAGAAGGCCCAAGACUCAUUCCCACCGCAGCCUGUGCCUGCCGUACCCCGCCCCAGUGAACUCUACUACAGCCGCAUCGGGCCGGCUCUGAAGGCAGUCGGGCUGAGUCUAGAUGUGACGCGGCGAGACUGGCCUCUCAGCGUUAUGAAGGAGGUGCUGAAAGAGCUAAUGGAGGCUACUCCUUCCAACCUGCUGGCUAAGGAGCUGUGGUGUUCCUGCACCACGCCCAGUGAGUGGUGGAGGGUCACUCAGUCCUACGCCAGAUCCACUGCUGUCAUGUCCAUGGUGGGAUACAUCAUCGGCCUCGGCGACCGUCACCUUGACAACGUGUUGAUUGAUAUGACCACUGGUGAGGUGGUGCACAUUGACUACAACGUAUGCUUUGAAAAAGGGAAAAGCCUCCGGGUGCCCGAGAAGGUCCCGUUCAGGAUGACUCACAACAUUGAGACUGCUCUGGGAGUCACUGGGGUCGAGGGUAUCUUCAGGCUGUCCUGCGAACAGGUGGUUCAAAUAAUGCGCCGGGGCAGAGAGACCCUACUGACGCUGCUGGAGGCCUUCGUCUAUGAUCCCCUGGUGGACUGGACUGCUGGGGGGGAGGUGGGCUUUGCUGGUGCAGUGUAUGGAGGAGGAGGCCAACAGGCAGACAGCAAGAAGAGCAAGAGGGAGAUGGAGAGGGACAUCACACGCUCCCUCUUCUCCUCUAGAGUGGCUGAGAUUAAGGUGAACUGGUUUAAAAAUCGUGAUGAAAUGCUGGCUGUGCUACCGCAAGUGGAGGACGCGUUGGAGGAGUACUUAGUCCUGCAAGAGUUGCUCUGCCAGGGGGAGAAACUGCAAGGCAAACUGCAGGAGGAGAUCGCCUUCUUGGAGGGGGCAGAAAACCAUCCAGAUCAUCUCAUCUUGACGCUGGAGCAGAGGUAUUCUGAACACACCCAGCUGCAGUCACAGCAGCGGACUGUGCAGGAGGCCAUUCAGAGCAAGCUCACCGACCUGGACCAGUGGAUCUCUCAGUACCAGGCAGCUUUCUCAAACCUGGAAGCCACACAGCUUGCCAGCCUGCUGCAGGACAUAAGCAGCCCCAUAGAUCUUGGUCCUCCAAGCUACGUGCCUGCUACAGCCUUCCUGCAGAAUGCGGGCCAGGCCCACCUAAUCAGCCAGUGUGAGACCCUGGAGGCGGAGGUGAGCUCCUUGCUGCAGCAGCGCCAUGCGGCACUUCGCAGCUGUCUGGAGCAGCUGCACAGCUAUGCCACCGUGGCUUUGCUGUACCCUCGGGCCACGAUGCUGUUCCACAGAGCCCACCGUUGGAAGGCCUGGUUGGAGGAGCUGCUCAGAGACAUGACGGUGGAGCAUUGCCAGCACAUCUAUAGGCAAUAUGAGGUGCUGUUCGCCCCUCAGCCUCCUCCGGCCACCUGCCAGUUCUUGUCCAGCGUCGAGUUGACUUUGCAGCACCAAGUGGGUGACACCAACGAGCGUGUGAUCCACCACGCAGAGCGUCUGAAGACGGAGGGCACAACUGUAGCCGCCUGCGAGGAGCAGCUGCAGGAGAUUGAACACUGCAUCACAGUCUUCCUCCGUGAGAACGGAGAGCCGGGUUCUAUGAGCCUCGCCGCCAUCAUCACCUCUGCCCUCUGCACACUCUGCAGGCGUAACCUGGUCAUGGAGGGCGCAGCUGCCAGCGCUGGAGAGCAGCUCGUGGACUUGACGUCUCGGGACGGGGCUUGGUUUUUGGAGGAGCUCUGCAGCAUGAUUGGAAACGUCAGCGCCUUGAUGACGCUGCUACAACGCUGCCCGCUCCUUCCCCAUGACAUGGAGCUCCCUGCGCCUUCAACCACCACCCAGGCAGUUUACCUGGCGAACGCUGUUUACACCUGUUUGCAGGAACUGAACACCAACUUCCGUCAGAUCAUCUUCCCGGAGGCUCUGCGUUGCAUGAUCAAAGGGGAGCCCACCCUGGAGUCCAUGCUGGCCGAGCUGGAGCAGCUGCUUGAGCAGAGCUCCGACGGUCUCGGGCUGCAGGGUCUGAUCGACAGUCUGCAGGCGAACACGGGCCUGGACCACGAUGGGCACAACCACUGUCUCCACAUCACCAGGAUGCUGCGUGCCCAGUAUUCUGAUCUGAUCCAGCCUCGCAGCAUGGACGGACAGGGCCAGGAAACACCGAAGAUGUCCGCCGGUCAGAUGUUGUUGGUGGCCUUUGAUGGCAUGUUCACCCAGCUGGAGACUGCAUUUGGGCAGCUCACCGAGAAGCUGUGCUCUUUAGGGGUCCCAUCAACCUGGAGGAAGGUGGAUGUUCUGAGGGAGGCUCGGGCCACACAGCUCCACUUCUUUGAGAGUUUAAAUCUGCGUCAGGUGAUGGAAGAGGUGUUCUUCCUCAAGAGACUGCAAACCGUCAGGGAUUUCUUCAGGCUGUGUUCGUCCUUCGCUCAGACCCUGUCUGGUACCUGUCCCCCGGCUGAAGAAAUGUUGCCUACAAACGGGCCGGUUGCUGUGGGGAAACCACUGUACCGCCGGCCCAGUGCGACGGGGUCAGGAGCGGCAGUGGUCAGCGAGGAACAGAUGAUCCGCCCCAUCAAGGCCUUCACAGCCGAGUUUGUCCGGCAGAUGCUCAUGGGUCUGCCCAGCCAAGCCCUCGGUCUGGCUCUCUGCAGCACCAUCUCCGCCCUCGGCCUGGACGUUGUCGCUCAGGUGGAAGCAAAAGACUUUGGUGCAGAGAGCAAGGUGUCUCUGGAUGAGCUUUGUAAGAAAGCAGUGGAGCAGAGCCUGGCGUCAGGUCGGGUCUCCCAGCAGCUGCUCAACAGAGCCACGGUGCUGGCGUCCUCCUAUGACACCGCCUGGAAGAAAGUCGACCUGCUGAGGAGGUUGGACAUCAACUUGGAGAUUGCCAAGGCCGGACUGCAGAGGAGUCAGCUGCACAUCGCCAUGUUCCAGUGGCAGCACGAAGAUGUUCUGGGCCCCAACAAUCAGCCCCUGAGUGUCAGCGUUCCUCCUCGCUCCGUGAUCCUCAGCAACAUGAAGAAGAAGCUGUACAAGCUGAGUCAGGAUGAGGGAGCCAUCGUUGCCAUUCAGGAGAAGCUGGCGUCGCUGGAGGCGAGCAUCGAGCAGCGUCUGAAGUGGGCUGGUGGAGCCAACCCGGCUCUGGCCCCCGUCCUGCAGGACUUUGAGAUGACCAUCAGGGAGAGACGCGCCAUGGUGGCCAGAGACAACCAGCGCACCAGCCAGGUCACCUUCUUGUGCUCCACCAUCCUCAACUUCGAAGGCCUUCGGACCCGAUCCCCCGAGGCUCUCAACAUGGACGCAGCGCUGUUUGAACUGCUGAAGCGCUGCCAGCAAACCUGCUCGUAUGCGGCUCAGUUCAGCAGCACAGUGUCUCCUCUGGAGCUCCAACUGCUGCACAGACUGAGUCCAGUGCUAGACCUGCCCAUAGGCAGCCCUGAUUGGCUGAGCUGUGCCCAGAGGCAGCUGGAGGAGGAGCUGAGCAUCGAGCGGAGGACUCAGGAAGAGCGAGAGCAACAGCUGGAGUCCUGUGGAGAGACGCUGCAGCUGCUGGUGGACUCCAUCAAAACUAUUCUGUCCAACCACAACCGCCAACUGGCCGACGUCAAGCACCUGCUGAGAGCCAUGGCCAAGGAUGAGGAGGCAGCAUUGGCGGAUGGCGAAGAGGUGGCCUAUGAAGGCAGCGUGCGCCACUUCCUCUUGGAGUACAAAGCCUGGCAAGACAACAUCCAGCUCGUCUUAUUCACCGUGGUUCAGGCCAGCGGGCAGCCACGCAACCAGGAGCAGGUGGAACUACUGGAGGAGGUUCCUGCUACCCUGAAGGAACUGCACUCCCAGAGCCAGAGUGUUUAUAAUGGACUGGUGGGCUUUGCCUCACCACUGGUGACAGACAGAGAAGGGGACUGCGCUAGUCCUGUUUCUGCAGCACAGACCAGCUUUGCAGCAGCCGUUAGAUGCAGUGGCGUGAAGACCCAGCCAGACUCGAUGUCCCAGAACGCGCGCAAGGCUCUGCCUCGAAACCUGGGAACCCCGACUGAUACCCCGCCCAGCACUCUGAUGAUGAACAGCAAAGGUCUCAACCCCAGCCCCAAGAGGGCCAUACGGGACCCCAAAACAGGACGAGCUGUCCAGGAGAGGAACUCGUACGCAGUGAGUGUGUGGAAGAGAGUGAAAGCCAAGCUGGAGGGCAGAGACAUCGAUCCCAACAGGAGGAUGAGUGUCACAGAGCAGGUGGACUUUGUUAUCAAAGAGGCUACCAACAUGGACAACCUGGCCCAGCUGUAUGAGGGUUGGACUGCCUGGGUGUGAACGCUACGCUGCUUCAUGUCUUUGGUCCAGCGAAGGCUUGGAGAUCCACCAGAGUCCAGCAGGACUGGGGUGUCGGAACAGCAGCACCGCGCCACACUAGGGGAGGAAAAUGGGAAGCGGAUGCUUAGUCCGCCUUCCCAAACCCCUGGGCUCCCAAACUGGGGCAGCGACCUCGUAGCAUCGCUGCAACCACACUCCCCCCAACCAUCGGCGAUCGGGCUAACAUAAUGCUUCGGGGGCCUGCAGAGCCGCCUUCCUUUUGGGGAUUU